AUUUAUUUAUUUAUUUUCAUUUGCUAAUUGUUUGAGCAGUCUCUAUCAUUUGUCCUUGCACAUUUACUACACUCACUCUUGCAUUAAUUUUUUUAGUUGGAGUGAACUACAUUUUAUAGGAGUUUGUAGGAAUUGAACUAAAAAUGUAGGGAUCUUUUUCAAUUUUUAUGGCUUUUAGUACAAGAUUUAACUAUUCAGGGGAAAACCCAGAUUACUAGAUACAAUUUUUUAAGUUUUUAAUUGAGGAUUUGAGCAUGGGUCAAGAUGAAUGUAUGGUUCUGAAGGGAGAGGAUGGAGUUUAUAUCACUCAUAAACGCUCAAAAAGUGCUUCAGAUAAGACUGGUGAUAUCUCAAGAUUUCGUGUUCCUUAUUCGAGUGAAUGCAACCAGAACGGAUCCCUUGAUUCACCAAUUUCAACAAGGACCUAUGGUUCUCAAACCCCUAACGGGCAUUCCAUUGAUUCAAGUACAAGCUCAUCAAAUCAACGUGCCUCUUUGGAGAAGGAUGUGUAUCUACUUCAAUCACGUUUGCAGCAAGAAAAGUCAAUGCGCAUUAUGCUUGAGAAAGCAAUUGGUCGAGCGUCUAGUGCUUUGUCUCCUGGGCAUAGGCAUUUUGCGUCCCAGUCUCAGACGAAGGAGCUGAUUGCAGAGAUUGAGUCACUUGAAGAAGAGGUUGCCAACAGGGAGAAGCAUGUUCUUGCACUCUACAGGAACAUCUUUGAGCAGUGUGUAAGUCAGCCAUCUUCUGUGCAAACUUCGAACAAAAGUUCUCCAAUCCAUACAAAAAACAAAGUGCGAAAACAUCCUAGCAUAAUAUCCAGCGCAUUUUGUUCCUCAAAGAAGUUUCCUUUGGGAGCUCUUUCUUUAAAAAGUGCUUCUGGGAAGAAAGAUGAAAAGAUUCGACAUGCCUCAUUGUGUACGGGAAAAUUAGACGUCCAUUAUGAGAAGCCUAGUUCUAAACCAAUCAAGCUUCAGGUUCAUGGGAAGUUACCAGAAAGAGUUAAGAAUUCUGGUGUACGAACUUUGAAGGAUUACCUUCAUCAAUGUCCAAGCAAGUUGUCCGAAGAAAUGGUUAAGUGCAUGGCUUCUGUUUACUGCUGGCUUUGGAUUGCAGCAUCUACAGCAUCAGAAAAAUCAGGGAAUAAUCAGUCACCAACUGUCUCAAAGUCUUGUGGUGAUCACACCCCACAGAUUGACAAUCAAAAAAAUUUUACUUCCAAAACCAUGAUAGAGAUAACCUCAUUACCGACUGACAAAAAACAGUUUACUCGUGCUUCUUAUGCAAUCACCAGCUACAGAACACUUGUUGAGCAACUAGAAAGAGUGAAUAUAAGCCAAAUGGAAGCAGAAGCCCAGAUAGCAUUUUGGAUCAACAUCUAUAAUUCUCUCGUAAUGCAUGCAUUUUUAGCAUACGGAAUUCCUCAGAGCUCAAUGAGAAGAUUAGCUCUAUUUCACAAGGCAGCCUACAACAUUGGUGGCAUUCUCGUAACUGCAAAUGCCAUAGAACACACAAUAUUCUGCAUCCGUCCCCCUCGAAUCGGCGGGUGGAUUGAAACCAUAUUAUCAACAGCCUUUAGAAAAAAAUCUGGAGAAGAGAAGCAACUCCUUAUUUCAAAACUCAGUCUUCCUGAUUCGAAGUCUCUUGUAUGCUUUGCACUCUGCAGUGGAGCCUUUUCUGAUCCAGUGCUGAAGGUCUAUACAGCGGCCAAUGUCAGAGAUGAGCUAGAACAGGCGAAAACAGACUUUCUUAACGGCAACAUAUUGGUAAAGAAGUCGAAGAAAGUGUUUCUGCCGAAAAUGCUCGAAAGGCUCUCAAGAGAAACUGCCAUGGGAUCAGACGAACUUCUCAAAUGGGUUUGCAAGACUGUUGAUAAGAAGCUCCAGGACUCGAUUCAGCGAUGUCUAGAAUUUAAGAACGGCAAGAAAGUGUCUCAAAUAAUUGAGUGGUUGCCAUACAACUCUAAAUUUAGAUAUGUUUUCUCAGAAGGACUAGCCACUAAGCCUUGGUCGGUUUGACAUUGCUACUAGGAUGAUAAUUUUUGAGACGCUUCAUGUCCAUUUGUGUAUCUUAGUCGUACAAAUAAAACAAUCAACACUUGAGAAUCAGGUCUUAUCUUAGUUGAGGCAUAUAAUGCUUUUUCAUAAAAAAACAUGAUUUAGUUUAAAUUCUCACUGCCCCUUCCCCCGGCCAACCUCUUACCCAAAGACACAAUCACUACUACUUGUUAAGCUACUAGCUGAGUUGCCAUGUUACUUCAAUUCUUUUAUUAUAAAUCCUCGAGAUUUAGACACUCGUGAAUUUAGGGCCGCACUCUCCUUUAUGGGUAUGAGUUGUCGUUUUAUUCCUCCCUAAAUCGUAAUCAUAAUUGCCUAUGAGCGUGAUACAAUGGGUAUCAUGAUGAUGAUGAAGACGAUGAUGAAUGAAUUUAGAAAAAAAUAUGUUGUUAGAUUUGGUGACUCAAUAAAGCCCAAUUCUACAUUGGAUGUGACGUAUAUGUCACUUGGAUGUUUGAGGUGUUAUAUGGAUUAUUGAUGAAUGGUGAUGGAUUGAAACUGUUCUAAUUGGAACCUGUUGUACGCUCGACCCAGGCUCGACCUGGCCUGGUUGCUCAACUGGUCGAGCAAGAGAUCAGAAGCUUCUGUCUACAUUUUGAUCUCUCGCUCGACCUCACUAAUAUUGCUCGACCUGGUCGAGCGAAUGUUCGGUGAGAUUUUGUUUUAUUUUUCAUUUUAGUUUGUGGGCAUCCUUAUAUAACUUCUCAUCUGGUUCCGAAGCCCUACAUAAGGCUUAUUGUAUAUUUUUGUACAUGAUAGUAUGUAAGAUCAUUUGUGUAUAGCAAUUGGGAAUUGAGUAGAGAGCCACAAUCAACUCUUAGGGUUUAGUGAGAGGUUUUGGGGAAAUUGUUCUCUUCUCUCAUCUUAAACAAUUCUAAGGGGAUUCUUGUAUAGAGUGGAUUAUAGAUUGUAAUCAAUAUUCAAAAAAGC